AUGAAUAGGCCCCUGUCCGUCCAAGUAAAUGUUUUCGACAAUUGUGGCGGCAUAGUGAUUGGUCUGUGCAUCUCUCACAAGCUAGCUGAUGGAUCUUCAAUCAUGGCUUUCAUCAACGAUUGGGCUACUGUUGCGCGCGGUAUUUCUAGUAAUGAUCAUUGUCGGCAAAUAAAAGGUCCAACUUUUGAAUUGCAAUCUCUUUUUGCAGGGAAAGACUUACCAGGUUCUACUCCCCCAACCUUACUUGUGACAGAUGAAGUAUUAGUUGCUAAGAGUCUCGUGUUUGGGGCUUCCAAAAUAGCUGAACUCAAGGCAAAAGGCAUAAUCCGUGAAGAAUCCAGUGAUGCUGUAGAACAGUGCCAGCCAACUCGUAUUGAGGCCCUGUCGGCUCUUAUAUGGAGGUGUUUCAUAGAUAUAGAUCAAGCCAAAAACAAGGGAUCUGCUGCAGUAAGCGAUUACGAGGCGGCACAUGCAGUAAAUAUGAGGACCAGGAUGGUUCCAUCGUUGCCAACAAACUCUUUUGGGAAUAUGUAUACCAUGUCGCGUGCAAUAUGCGUUGUGAUGAAUGACGAGUGCACUGCCACACGAGAUCUCGAUUUGGUGGGAAAAAUCAAGGAUUCCUUUAAGAAAAUCAACAGUGACUAUGUAAGAGAACUGCAAAGUUCGGAUACCGGCUUAAGUGCCAUGGAGACGGACGGAGAAAAUAGGUUAAGGGGUCAAACAGUGAAGCUAAACUUCAGUAGUUGGUGUAGAUUUCCAAUAUAUGAAGCAGACUUUGGAUGGGGAAAGCCAACAUGGGUAGGUGCUUGUACUGCACCUCUGAAGAAUCUUGUUUGGUUGAAGGAUACUAGUUCAGGAGAUGGAAUUGAAGCAACAGUUAUCUUUGGUAAGAAUGAAAUGGCUGAAUAUGAGCGUCAUGAGGAACUUUUAGCAUACAUUUCUUAA